CACAAAAGAUGGCGGCAAAAGUUUAAAUUUUUCCCUCGGAGAUGUUAGUUCAUGUGAAUCCUGCUUGUGUAAAGGCAAUUUUGACGAGCUAAACCUUCUUUUGCUGUGUUUCUUGAGAAAAAAAAUUUAAGGCAUUCAACGAGCAUAUAAAGCCCAAAAAGAGGUAGCCCCAUGGGUGACAAAGAGAAGAGAGUUGGAACGAUCGACAGGAGACCGAUGUGCAGAUACGGAACAGAUUGUUACCGUAAAAAUCCGGUUCAUUUUAAGGAAUAUAGACACCCAGGUAAGUUUACGUACAUUGAUGUCUAAGCUACUGGGAAGUUAAUAACUAACGCAAACAUUCAACUCCUCGGGAUUUGGGCAAUCCAUAAAAUCGAUAUUCCACUCAGUUUUAAUUAAUAAACUUAGUAAAAUCGUUUCAGUCGAUACUGAUAAUCGAAAAAUCGAUAAUCAAGUUAUCUGUAAACGCUAAAUAUAAAUCCUUAAGUGCAUGAUGAGUGAUAAGUAUUUAUUGAUUUUUCGAUUAUCAGUAUCGACUGAAGCGAUUUUACUAAGUUUAUUGAUUACAGAUUUUCACCUUGGUUCUCCAUCUGGAAAAACGAAUUUAGCAAAUGUAAGACUUAAAAGCAGGGAAUAUAUAUAACGGCGUAAUAUGUGGCUAACACAGUCUAUAUACUGUAAGAUUUUAUGCCAUUAUCUCAGUCGGUAGAUUAGUUAUAAUAAAUUAAUAUAUAAUUAAAUUAUUACUGGCAUAAAAUUUACAUUACAUAUAUCACUGACUGGAAGAAAAGCAAACAGUUAGUACAACAAACUUUCUAUGGCCAAUUUUCUUGUAUAACUCUUUGUUGACUGCCUAUUUAUGGAGAAGUCAAGAGAACUCCAAACCUGAAAUAAUUCCAAAAUGUUGAUCAUGCUCUGACCAGUGUAGAUGAAGCUGCAUUAAGCUGCAAGAUAAAGAUUCAAGCUGACUAGACAACAAAAUCACCAAAAACCAAAUUACACUGCCUUCAGUUAUAUAUCUCACAUCCAACUGCUCUACCCUAAACUUUUUGAUGGCAACAACAUUUUAGAGAUAUUUUUUUUUGUGUGUACACUGGUAUGUUAGUUUCACAACAAAUUUUAUAAAUGCUAAUAAGUAGAUAAUAAUUAUUUUUCUAAUGGACCCCUCAUAGGUUAUGACUCUGACACUGAUGAUGAUGAUGAUGACAAGUUGGAGAAGUCUCCGCCAGCUAAAAGACAGAAGUUAACUAGUGGUUUGACAACCAGUGAGCCGUCAUUUUCAUCGUCUUCAUCAUCAUUACCAAAAGACACUGAGAAUGACAUGAAGUGUUUGCCAUUUUUACUGACCACUGUUCGAGGAAUUCCUUCUGAAUUUAAUAACAAAAAUAUGGCAGUUAGCAUUAAAGGUACCCUUUUCUUUUAAAAGUUAGAUUAGCCUAGCAGAAUUAGAAUGUUUUAAUUCUAAAUUAUGCUACAGGAGCUUUUUACUAUAAUAUAUAGAUAAAGGUAUCAAGCAAUCAGUCAAUCAGUUAGUCUUUGUCUUUUGAAUUGUCAUCUUGAGGUGGUUUUAGGGGGGAUGUAAAAAUGUUCUUUAACUCUUUAACUCCCAUAAGUGACCAAGACAUAAUUUCUCCUCACAAUAUCAAUACAAUAUCAAGUGAUGAGAAUAAAUAAUAUCAAUUAGGGGAUUAAUAGUUGAUCCAGUAUCAAAUUCUCUGAACUAACAUCACAAGAAUUAUAUGGCAGAUAAUAAAGAGAGUCACUAAAUAAAUGAGAUCUUGGGUUAAAAAAGGGUUAAAAUGAGCUAUUAUCAAGUCAAUUCUCUGAAUUCAAUUAUAGUGUGAAAUUAAGUAUAUGUCUUGUUCAUUUGUUUGUUUGUUUGUUUGUUGCUCAUCUUGUAGGUCAUGUAAGAGUUGUGCUUUGAUUUACUGAUAUUUUAUUUGUACUUACCAAAUUUUAUUGCUCUACUAUAUAUCUUAUACAACUAGAUAUCCUUUCAAAUACAAUGGGGGACUUGGAGGCAUCAGCACAGGUACAUGAGUGAAAAAAUGAGUGCUUGAUGUUAAUUAAUAAUAAGUAGUAUUCUUUUUUAAUAAUAUUAGAUUGUAAUUAUCAGAUGAGAUUCAACAAUAAUUAUUAUUAUGCACAUUGAUUUUUUUCAGUUCAACUACAUGUUUGAUAUUCCAUGGUUGAUGGAGCAGUACCCAGCAGAUAAAAGGUCAAGAUUAAUUAUGUUUUGACACUGAACUGUCAAAUUGCCAAAAAUCAAGCAUAUUUUUUUAAGUGAAGCAUUGAUGCAGAACUGUUAUCUAAAGCUUUUUGGCUGGUUCAUUUAGAAUUAAAAUUUAUCUACCAACUAAAACUCUUCUUGGUCAUGAAAGUUCAUAUGGGAAUACUGUUGAGGUCUACUGAGGUAAUUUUUUAUGGGGUAGGGCUGAGGUGUGUUGAUGCAUGUGAACAUCUGCAUGAAUAUUAAUGUUUCUUUUCAAGCUAGAAUUGAAAACUUGAUUCCCAAGUUGAUGCACAUGUGUGCGAUAAACACCAAACCAAUAUAGGAUCCUUUAUUUAUUUAUUCCUUGGGGAAUUCUUAUAUCAAAGCGGUCAACUGAAAUCAUUAUGUGAAGAAAUUACUUAUUAAGUAUUGUGUGAUCAUAGCUUAAGAAUAAUUUAAAUUUUGGAAACGAGCAUGUGGCAAUUAAAAGAACCAAAAGAAAGGUAAAAACAAAGCACUAAGUUUCACUUUGAAUAACAACUAUGAGGAAACAAUCACAAAACAAAAGUUGUUGUUUACCAACAUUUGUAGGUCUCGAUUACUUUAUUGAGGAUUAUGGUCUAACUUGUCUUCUAUUCAAAGAACAAUCUUGAUUACAUGGCGUCUUAUCCUGAACUGAAAUGCCAACUAUAAUUUCAGUCUGAAAGGAACUAAUCACGGAGGCAUCCAUCUAACCAAAAAAUUUUUCACAGCUUCUCUCAGAAGUGGUAACAUUUAGCUCUAAUGGAAGAGGUUACAAUGAACACUGUAGUUGAAAGGAUUAUUACCAGCUUAGUAUGCUCAAGUAUGUAAAAACAAUGGUCAUUCCUUAUUAGUAGUUGAUGACUUAGUAUGGAAUGUUUUUGGGUUUUAUGUGUAUUUUGGGGUUGCAAAAAAUUCAUAAAAGAGAUUUUUAACAAUUCAAAUAUGUUUUCAGGUCCAAACCUUUAUUAAUUGUUCAUGGAAAUCAGAGAGAGGCAAAGGCUCAACUUCAUCAAGAAGCAGAACCAUAUCCAAAUAUUAAACUGUUUGCUGUAAGUUUGACGUUUGUGCAGUCACUGGCAUGGAUUUCUCAAAAUCAUCAAAUCUGUUAAGCUAGUUUUACUUGGUUGAUGAAUUUGAUGAAUAUUUGCCAAAAUCGUCAAAUCUGCCAUUUUUGUUUCUGCAUGCAUUUCUGGAAAUAAGUGAAAUUAGGAUCCCCAUACAACACAAAUCAUCCAAAGGAUAACACCAAGGCAUUUAUAUUCAGACAAUUUCUUAACUGGCUGAUAAAUCUGCAGGUAAAUCUUCUAUCUAAUCAAAUCAGUGAUUAUCAAUAUUAAAUUGUUAUCAUUUUUAUAAUUAGUAGUCAGUCAUUAAACUUAAUUUAAUUUUAAAAAAUCAGUCAAAUAAAUCACUAGUGAAGUAUAAUUAUAAUGAUAAAAUAAUAAUGGUUUGCCUUUUUUUGACAGGUCAGACUAGAAGCAUUUGGAACACAUCAUAGGUUGGUCUUUUGAUAGUACAUCCAAGAAUGAAGAUGAAAUCAUUACUGUGCACAAACAGAAUUGCAAAUUAUGAGAAACCAAUUCAGCUUCAAAACUUGAGUAUUUACAAUACCUUUGAGAUACAACAAAAAGAUGAUAACAUGCUACACUCUCAUGAUAAAACUGAAGGAAAUCCUUGUUAAAAUAACAGUGACUGUUGGUAGUGAAUGAUCUUUAUUUUCUAUUCAUUAAGUUACAAGCUUUUCACUUUUUCUGGCAAGUCCUUAAAGUACCUUGAUCAAAGGGGAAAACUGAAAGAGCAAUAAAACUCAAGUCACAUGAUAAUGCUGGCAUGAAUAAAUAUUUUAUAUACUAGGCUAAGUGCGUCACUUUCCAUGUAAUCCACUGUAUGAAGUUUUAUGCGGCCAGCCAAGCUAAAGGAAGACGGCAAAUGUUCACCCAUUCCUCAACACUGCAGUAGAAAUAAAAAAUUAAUGGUCAAUUGAGAGCUUCUCUUCUAAUGAUCACAAUAGAUUUAUUUUCUCAGGUUUUUGAGAAGUUUAGUUCUCAUAAUUUUUUUUUCUCAGCAAAAUGAUGCUACUGUUGUACAAAGAGGGCUUAAAAGUUGUGAUCACCACAGCAAAUCUCAUUGCCAUGGACUGGGACCAGAAAACACAAGGGUACAUCAAAAUUAUUUGUUCUGAAUAUUUUUUAAUAAAAAAGGUGCAUUCCCCUUGAAUAUGUCAUCAAAUGAAGAGGAACCACACUGUAAGUGAAGAGCAGACUUUUUCUCCCUUUUGGCCUUUUUUUGAGAACCAUACCAUACAAUGGAAACAGGAUUAAUAACUUGAAAAUGUAAGCGGAACUGACUGCAUUAAUUUAUAAUUAAAAUUAACAAAAAUCAUGCUUAGUUUAAGUAAAAUCCUAGUUUAAAGGAUAUACUCUCAUGCAGAAGAUUCAUGAGUGUAAUGGUUGGUGCAAUAACUGCAUUCAUUUGAUUCUUGAGGAAAUUUUCCCCUUACAAGCCAAUUUCCCUUCUUCCUGCACAACAUGGCUUGUCGUAUUCAUUUGUUUCUUUUUCAGGGUUUGGAUGAGUCCAGUGUUUCCUAAACUUUCCAAGUUAUCUGGUGAAGAAUAUGCAAACUAUUCACCAACUAAUUUUAAAGAGGAUUUAUUGGUAAGGAAAUUGCCAAACUAACUAAUAAUAGUUUGGCAUGUGGAUUUUAUCUUUGAUCAUGGAGUAUUUGCAUGUAAGAUCAGGUCAUUUGUGCAUUUUUCUUUGUACAGAGACUGCAACUUAUGGUAGUUUUUGUACUCUGUUGUGGUAUGUGUGACAUGACACUUUUCAGUUUUAGCUCAGAUCAGGAAAGGCCAGUGGGAGAAAAAUUCUUACAGGUCAAGGGAGAGUCAAAAAAAGUUUUGGUCAGAGGGGAUAUAGAUUAUAAUAAUUUUUAACAGGGAAAAGGAAGUGAUAAAUGAGGGGUUUUUGCCUAAAGAAAUCAAAUUUCUUCUGAAAACUAAGCCAGAUAGCUUUCCAAAUUUUAAACACCCAGUAACUGAAGAAGGAAGGCCAGUUGGGGUUGGGAGGGGGGGGGAGGUUCUGAUCCUGUUUCACAUUUACUCUAAACAAAUUUGAAAGGAAUAACAUCAAGUCUUCCCUUACCUUGCCUUCAGUAAAAUUCAUGUGUACAGUCACAUAUUAAUUUUGAGCUUGAUCUCUUUGCAACCCUCUACUGAAGAGAUGCACCAUACAAGGAAAGUACCUUGAGGUUCUUUAAAUUCAUUGCAUCCCCAAUGAUGUGAUGUCCAACAGCAAAGCUUCAUCUUAAUUAGUCUAAAAAAACCAUUACAGGAAUAUUUGGCAGCAUAUGGGGGUAGUGCACUAGAUGAAUGGAAGAAACAUAUUCAGGAACAUGAUAUGUCAUCUGCAAGGUAUAUUGUUCAUUAAAUAUUUUUUUCUUAUUUGAUCAUUUGUUUUUCCAUUCCAUCAGGAAGUUAUUGAGUUGUCAUUGUCUCCUUAUGAUAUUUUCUUCCGUCGAUCUUAAUUUGUUGUUUUGAUUUCUUUAGUUGUGGUUGAGACAUUCAAUUGAAAUGCACUCUGUUGGUAUUAAUAUAGGAGAGACUUUUGAUUAAUUUUAGGGUUCGCCUAAUAGCCUCUGUUCCUGGGAGACACACUGGAGUCAAUAAAACCAAAUGGGGCCAUCUUAAACUUCGUAAGGUGAUCAUGAAUUAUUGGUAUAAAUUAAGAAGUCUAAAAUUUGGAAUUUGUUUGAGUUGUUAGCAAAUAUCACCCUUUAGCAAAGUUAGGUGCCUGUCUAAAAGAGCAUUAAAGUUUCACUCAAUGGAAUUGAACAAAUUUUGGAUUCAUCUACUGUAGCAAUACCUGAAGAAUAAGAUAAUUGUCUUUGAAACUUAGGUUCUUCACCAGCAUGGACCUAGCUCUGAUGACAUCAGCUCCAAGUGGCCUGUGAUUGGUCAGUUUUCCAGCAUAGGUUCCCUUGGGAAUGACAAGGACCGUUGGCUGUGUUCUGAAUGGUUACAGAGCUUGUCCACAUGUUCUGGUAACAUGAUGUCCAGUCCCCCUCUGCAUCUGGUUAGUAUGUUUCUCAAUCUCCAUUAUGGUUGGAAACUGAACACUGAUUUAAUUUGCAAGUAUGCAAGUUUUUUGUUCUGGAUUAGAAUAUAAUGGAAAUUUUUUUCUUCUUGAUUCAUCAUGUUUUAUUUGCAGGUUUUUCCAACAGUAGACAAUGUGCGGCACAGUUUGGAAGGUUACCCAGGUAUAAGAUAUAACUUAAAUUAAGUGUAUCUAUUGAGGCAGAGUGGCUAAGUGGUUAGAGUGCUGGACUUGUAAACUGAUGGCCUGGGUUCAAUCCUUCAACUUCAAUUGGAACACACUGGAUUUAUUAUUAUCAGUAUUAUUAUUGUUUAAUUAUUAUUGUUUAAUUAUUAUUAUUUUUUCAUUAUCAUUAUUAUCUUAAUCACUAAAAAUCUAGGGAUGCACAUGUGAGUAAAUUUAAAGUAAUUACUGCAGUUUGUAGAAACACCAAAAGUAUCCACAGUGUUUGAGUUAUAUAUUUCUUUCUAUAUCUAUUUUCUUCUUCUAAACACUUCACAGCAUACUCUUAGUGGUUCAAGUUUCAUUUCUAAGUAUAAAUGUGUGAUCUCUGAUAGUUUUCUUUCUCUGUAGCUGGUGGCUCAAUACCAUACAGUUCCAAGACAGCUUUGAAGCAGCCUUAUCUUCCGAGUUUCUUUUGGUAAGUCACCCUUAGUUUGUUUUCAGAUUAGAUGGGUUUUCAUCAACCUUAGCUUCGUCCCAGUUCACAUGGCAUGAAAUCCACUAGUGUGGCAUUGCAAUUUUAUCCUUCACCACCCAUACCCUCCCUGAAUUUGAGAAAAAUCUUCAAAACUUUAAUUAUGGAGUCUUUCAUCUAGCAGGUGGCUUUUUAUCAGUAUCCACCACUGUGUGGGGAGAUUAAUUUCAAUUGUUCUGUCAGGAAACCCAGGCAGGGAAUGUUUCUAGUCCUUUCAAUUUGGAGUAGAGCACGUCAGUCACUCCCCUCAAUCUGCUUGACAAAAUGGCUAUUUUUCUCUGUUUCUUUUUUCAAUUGGACCAUACUGGGGUGUAGGCUAAUAAUCAAAAGCCUUAGAUCUAUUAAAAUGUUACAUCCAGCAAAUCUCUGCUUUACCCAAAUAGCUAACUCUGUUGUGUUAGCAUAGCUCUUCUUACAUUCUUGACAGAUCUGAUGGAUUUUUGCUUUUCUUGCUUUUGGUUUUUUCAGCUCUUGGAAGUCUCAUUCCUGUGGUAGAAGUCACGCCUCUCCUCACAUUAAAACAUACACCAGGGUAUCCCCAGAUUGGAGCCGAAUGAGCUGGUUUCUUGUGACAAGGUGUUAAAAACUGAGUCCUCUCUGCAAUUUAUCUUUAUUUAGUUAUGCUGCUCUAGAAAAUUUAGAAGGUGGAACUUCCACACAUCUUUAUCUUUGGGGCUGUUUAAAGUUUGUUCAAAUAUUAUUUCAGUAUAACAGCAGAAUCUUUUCAGGUUUGCCUCGCUGUCGUCUAAGGGCAUUACUUAUAUGAUUAAAAGAAUCCAAAAAUUGUCUGUUCUCCUUUAGAAACCCCUUGGGUUUACCCUCAUGGUGUUUAUAGUCUAUCUAAUUUGGCUAGAACAAGAGCAAACUUUGGAUUUCCCCUGUCUAUCUGUGGACUAUUUCUGAUUGGCCAAAACAGAAUGUCAAGCCAGUUAUUUUGAAAAGGCAAUGUUUUGAAAAUGAAAGAUGGUUGGAGUCUUAAAAAGGAUAGAUGUUGUCUUGAAAUUUAUGCAAAGUUUUUGCAUUUUUUCUCUUCCUCAUUUACAUUUAAUUAUUUUCAGUGCAAAUUUGUCUAAAGCAGCCUGGGGAACUUUGGAAAAAAAUGGUCAACAACUUAUGAUUCGCUCGUAUGAGAUUGGAGUUUUGUUUCUACCCAAAGACCAGGUAUUUUGUUUAGUUAUAUCUCCAGCGUUUCAGUUGGACAAAUGAAAGAAAUUCUUUCCUGUGACUGUACCCUUUUUGAUCCAGAUUCCAUCUGUGACUCAAUAGUGAACUGUCAUUUUAUCAACAGGAUCCUGAAAGGAAAUACUUUCAUGUGAAAGGAAAACAGGAAAGUAAUGAAAAAUGGUCAAGUUAUAGUGUACAGCUUCCAUUUGAUGUCCCACCUUUGCCAUACACCAAAGAUGGUAAGAUUCCUUGCUUGUGUUCAGGCAAUUUAGCAUAAAGGUCUCCUCUUUUCAGUUCACAUCAUGAAUUUCCAAAUUUGUUUGAAAGUAAAAGUUCUUCCUUGUUAUUUUUUGAGUGUGAAUAAUUCGUAGCAAUUUUCUCAUUGUGAAUUAUGGUUGUGGGACUGGUCAUUAUUUAUCCUUGGACUUAGGGGGGGGGGUCAGGGGCAGGGAUGGUCAGGGGUAGGGGUUUGAGGAUUUUUCUUGUGUCACAAUAAAAUUUACCUGAUCCCCAACAAGGCUCUAUAAUAUUCUUAUGAUCCCCCUCCACCCUUUAACUCCCAUGAGUGACCAAAACAGAAUUUCUCCUUACAAUAUCAAUACAAUAUCAAGCAGACGAGUGGUGAGAAUAAAGAAAUAUAUCAAUUUGGGGAUAAUUAGUUGAUCCAAUACUAAAUUCUCUGAACUAACAUGAUAAGAACUGUAUGGUUGACAGUAGGGAGAAUUACAAAUUUGAUCUGGGUGUUAAAGGCUUAAUUGGCAGUCAAUUUUUUUAUGGUCAAGCCUUUAUGCUCUGUUGGUGAUGGCAGAUCUCCUCUCCUUUCCCCCUGAAAACCAGGAGAUCCCUGGGCACAUGUAUAGAGUCAGGUACUUAAAAUCAGUGGUUCAUCUAUGAAAGUCUGGUAUUUCAUGUCAUCUUUGUGUUUUGUCAAAACAGAAUCACCUUGGAUGUGGGAUGUCAAAUACAACACACCUGAUGGUCAUGGUAGAAUAUGGUCACCAUCAUAA